AUGGCGAGCAAGUCGGACGAUUGGAAGGGGAUGGUGAUUUGGAAAAUGCCGGAAUGGAUCGAACCAGUGGGCAUUGUCUCGAUCCUCCUAGUUGCCAUGUUCGUCACACGGCGGCGGAGCUUUUCCAUCUUGAGCGGCAAGGACUCUAGCUACCGGCCUCUGAUUUCGCACGAGGACUCGCCGAGCACCUCUGACGACGAGGACUAUACCUUCUCCCCGAAGCCGAACGUGGAAUACCCCCCGAAACGCAGGCGCAUCUUUGGACUCUGGACCGUCCUCACACCCAACUCGAGCCGCUUUGCACGACACUUUCACUCGCGCAUCCUGCAGAAAUACCCGUUCCUGGUUGAGAUGUUUUACUGGGUCAUUACCUACUUCUUUUACCGCAUGACGGCCAAGGUCUCUGCCAUUUGGUACGGCAGCACCGAAAGCCUCUGGCUUAAUGCGCAGGCACACGGCAUCUCCCUGCUCGAGACCGAGGCGUGGGUUCUGGGUUCCGAUUCGACCGAUGCCAGCCGCUGGAUCGAGUGGCGCGUCCAGCAAUGGUUCAUUGCCGGCGCCGAGAUUGGCGACAUUCGCCGCCUGCUCCUCACCAUUCUGAACCGCGCCUACGCCCUGAUUCACAUUCCCGGCACCGUGGGCUUCAUUGCAUACUAUUACUACGUUGCGCCCAACCACACGCGCUUCUGCACCGUCCGCCGCACCAUGUCUCUUCUGAACAUGUUUGCCUUUCUCACCUUUACCGUCUACCCGUGCAUGCCGCCGCGCCUGCUGCCCAAGGAGUUUGGCUUCAUCGACACUGUCAAUGCCGAGGACGCCGCCAGCGUCUUCAUGAGCGGCAAGUACGUCAACAAGCUCGCUGCCAUGCCGAGUAUGCACUUUGGCUACGCUUUCUGCAUUGGUUGUGUUUUCAUUUACGAGAGCGGUUUCAUGCGGCAGUGGUGCCGUCUGCCCUGCUUCAGCAGCAGCAGUACCAGCAACAGCAACAAGUCCGCCGACGCUCUGGAAGACGAGACCGCGGAGCAGCAGCAACAGCAGCAGCACGACAUUGAGACGCCUUACCUGAAGCAGACCAUUCUAGAGUCCGAACCCGACCAGCAGCGCGAGCGCUCACCCCUGGCACGCAUUCUGUUCCUGGUCGUGGGUGUCCUGUACCCGUCCUUUAUCCUGCUGUGCAUUGUCGCCACCGCCAACCACUACAUUCUCGACGCCGUGGCCGCCGCUCUCGUUGUUCUCCUGGCCUAUCUGUGCAACCGCGUCCUGCUCAACUUUCUCGUCCUCGAGGAUUGGCUGCUCUGGGCCUGGAGGCUGGAGAAGCCAGAGCCUACCACUGGCAAGACGAGAACGUGA